AUGUGUGUCAGUUUUGACAUAGAAUCACUAUUUACAAAUGUCCCACUAAGAGAAACAACAGAAAUAAUAGUUAACAAAACUACCACUUUGACUCUAAAUGAGUUUGGUCUGGACAAAACAACCUAUGGAAAACUUUUAGACAUCGCUGCUCACCAUUCAGUAUUUACUUUUAAUGAAUCCCUUUACACUCAAGUUGACGGCGUAGCAAUGGGAUCACCACUUGGCCCUUGUUAUGCUAAUACUUUCCUUUGUUAUCAUGAACAAGCUUGGCUCAAUAACUGCCCUUCGAGCUUCAAACCAAUUUAUUACCGUCGAUACAUGGACGACACUUUCCUGCUUUUCAAUGACCCCUCUCACAUUAAUCCUUUUAUGUCUUAUCUUAAUUCACAACACCCCAACAUUAGAUUUACCUGUGAAGCUGAACAAACAAUAAACUAUCAUUCUUAG